AUGGUUGAAUAUCUAGGUAGCAACACAGAGCGUAUGUCUGUUACGCCGUCUUCUUCACCACAAGCGUCGCCAUCAAAGACAAUAGAGCAAAACUCUGUCGUCAUAUCAGCAAAGUCUAUGUCGAAUACCACGUCGAAUACAGAAUUUAAGUUGGCGUCUGGGCAAUCCAAUAUUUCUAGCUCAAGUUCCAGCAGCAAUUCAAGUUCAAAUUCGACUAUAUCGUCUGUGAUCGCAACACCAAUUAGUAUUAAGCGAGAAAUGGCUCGACGACGAACACUGGUUGUGGAAAGCUGCGUCGAUGGCAUUGAUAUUGAUACUGGUGCUACAGAGCUUCCACUACACACUGCAAACGAGGAAAAUUUAGGAUUAUAUACACAAACAACACCAUCGACACCGCGGUCGUCACUCUCAUCGCCAUCAUCGCUGUCAUCAUCAACGAACUUGUUAGCACCUAGUACGAAUUUGGAAAGCACAUCGAUCGUGCAGUCACCGAAAAGUUCAUUAGAGCUAAAGUCGCGCGCAACAACGAAAUCACCCGCAUUCAAUUCUACUAAACAGCUACAGAAAUAG